AUGUCACCACCAGCUUCUACUGAUAAAAAACAAUCCGGAAUUGCCAGAGUUUUAGGUUCUGCUUCUGCAGGUAUCUGUGAAAUUGGUGUUUUCCACCCGGUUGAUACCAUCUCCAAGAGAUUGAUGUCAAAUCAAGGGAAAAUUACCUCUGCAAGUCAAUUGAAUAGCGUUAUUUUCAGAGAACAUGCUUCUAAAGCAUUGGGCCAACGUUUGUUUACCUUAUUUCCAGGUUUAGGUUACGCUGCUUGUUACAAGAUUUUACAAAGAGUCUACAAAUAUGGUGGACAACCAUUUGCAAAUGAAUUCUUAACCAAAAAUUUUAAAGACAGUUACGAAAAUGUUUUCGGUCCAAAGACCGGUAAAGCCUUGAUGAGUGCCACUGCUGGUUCUUUGAUUGGUAUUGGUGAAGUUGUUUUAUUACCAUUGGAUGUUUUGAAAAUCAAACGUCAAACUAAUCCUGAGUCUUUCCGUGGUAGAGGUUUUGUUAGAAUUUUAGCUGAUGAAGGUUUUGGUUUAUACAGAGGUUGGGGUUGGACUGCCGCUAGAAAUGCUCCUGGUUCAUUUGCAUUGUUUGGUGGUAACUCUUUUGCCAAAGAAUAUAUUUUUGGAUUAAAAGAUUAUUCUUCUGCUACUUGGACUCAAAAUUUCAUUACUUCAAUUUUCGGUGCUUCUGCUUCUUUAAUUGUUAGUGCCCCAUUAGAUGUCAUUAAAACUAGAAUCCAAAACAGAAACUUCGACAACCCUCAAUCCGGUUUCACCAUUCUUAAAAAUAUGGCUAAAAAUGAAGGUAUCACUGCUUUCUUCAAGGGUUUAACUCCAAAAUUAUUAACUACUGGUCCUAAAUUAGUCUUUUCUUUCGCUUUGGCUCAAUCCUUGAUCCCAGCUUUUGAUAAGUUGCUCGGUUAA